GCUUCUCAUUUCGAUCACCCUUCUCAUGAAUAUUUUGAUCAUGCUCAGCAAGUACAUGGCUUGAUUCAUAAGAAGCUACUUCAAGAUCAUCAAGUACAUUUGCUAGCAAUACUUGAGAAUUGGCCCGUUGAAUAUACAAACUUGCAAGUUCGAAAUUGCCAUUUACUGGAGCCAAUUUUUGAAGAUCUUUUGGCUUUUUAUAGUUAUCGGGGGCUUUAUUGUCAUUGGGGUUAUCAUAGUCACUGGGGCCUUAUUGUCGUCAUAGUCACUGGGGGCUUCGUAUGUACAAAAAAAUCUACAUUAGAAAAAUGUAUAAAUUAA